AUGGCCCCAUCAGAAGAGCCAAACCCCACAGAGGGACGAGUGUCAAAAAGGCGCCGCGUAGCAGUCGCCUGUGAUGCAUGUCGGUCCCGGAAAUCCCGGUGCGACGGCGUGCGGCCUCGCUGCUCGCUGUGCGUCGAUCUGGGCUUCGAAUGUAUGUAUACGCCUCCGGCUACGGCGACGAACGUGAUAGUACAAAAAGAGUAUUUGCAUGGUUUAGAAGACCGGGUAAAGAGGCUUGAAGAGUCUUUCAGGAAUGUGAGAAGUGAUGUUGAUGGGUUGACUGUUCGUGUCGAUCGGGUGCCCGAGGUGCGUGAUAGGGAGGUUCGUGGGGAGGUGCGAAGUGCCAUCCAGGUAUCUGACCUGAUUGGAUCGGAGGAUUCUGUCGAUGCGAUGGGGGCGAUCUCUUUUGCUGAUGAAGAGGAUUCUGGAUUUUUCGGUCCAUCUUCUAACAUCGCUUUCUUGAGACACUUGUCCAGUGCCGUAGUGCAGAAAGGAUACUCCUUGUCCCCUGGUGCUGCGGAUGGUGGUUUCGUAAGCGUAUCAAAACCAUCAUCAACACUGCGCCAAGCCGCGCAGGAGAAGGUCAAUGUUUUUGCAUUGCCUCCUCAAUCGGAGACGCUGGCUUUGAUAAAUCUUUAUUUCUCGGAGACUGGCUUACUCUACCCAUAUAUCUAUCCACCGACGUUCUUGGCGACCUACCACCGCAUGGCACGAGAGAACUUUUCCGGGGUUAGAAAAAGCUGGCUUGGUCUAUUAAAUAUGAUCUUGGCUAUGGCUACUAUCACUGCUGAGUCAAAUGGUGCCAGUGCGGAUACGCGGAUUGCCCAGUCAGAUGUUUUCUACCAGCGUGGUCUUGGGCUUUGUGGUGGUGAGCUGUGGCGUGGUACCACAUUGGAACUUGUUCAAUUUCAUCUUUUGGCGGGUCAAUACCUACAAGGUACUCAGAAGUCUGUGCAGGUAUGGAAUGUUCAUGGAUUGGCAGUGAAAGGUGCCUUGCAGCUUGGGCUUCACUCUCAACACGCAUCUCGAACAUUUGAUCCCUUAGAACAGGAGUUUCGGAAGCGUACUUGGUACUGCUGUGUUAUGUUGGAUAGAACUCUGAGCAUGACCUUUGGACGACCGGCUGCCAUCCCGGAUAGCUAUGUGAAGCUGGACUUGCCUUCGACGCACCAAUUUGAGUCAUCAUCAGCUCUUGUGGAUGCCGAGACAUCCAGUCUAAGCGUCUCUUUCUUCAAUUCGACCAUUACCUUAUACAAAAAUCUCUGGAACGUCCUCGACUCUCUGUACGGCCAAAACAUCGGCUGCGAAGACCCGUUAUCCGUCAGCGAAACUGUCUCCCACGUCUUCAGCAUAGAGCAAAAUCUGUUCUCCUGGGAAGGAUCACUUCCCGCAUCAUUGCAGCUAAUCACAAAAGCUCACCUAGACGAGAUGUCCCAUGAAAAGAUCUCCGGCACUAAAUCCUUUUCCUGGAAAUUCCGUGUAAUCUUGACAUUACGCUACCUUAACCUCCGAGUCCUACUACACAGACCCGUUCUCGUCAAAUUCAUCACUGCAAGCCGAGCGCCGGAUCGGGAUCCCGAGGAUUUGAAACUUUUGCAGCGCAUCGGAAUGAAUAGUAUGGCUAUAUGCACGAUGUCAGCAAUGGAGAUAAUCAAUAUCAUCUUUCAAGCUGUUUCCGAUCCGAUGUGGAAACAAAGCUUGUUAGGUGCAUAUUGGUAUUCGCUUUAUUACACUUUCAAUGCCGCAUUGGUGAUUCUCGGCGCCAUUUGGGUAUACCGCGAUACAAGCCUUACUGGCUCGUCAAUGCUCAACGAAGCGAGAGAUCUGAAAGAGUACCCCGCUCGCGCGAUUGCAGCUCUUUCCAAACUCGAUAAUGGGAAUCGAUUGAUCGAUCGGUGUAGGUCAUUCUUGGAACAUUUUAAUAACGUCUUGGCGAAUCCUGAUACUGAGGGCCCGACUCCUUCUUUGCCGUCUUUGGCUAUCAGUCGUGAAGUUUUACAACCUACCGACUUUGAUUUCUCGCCUUUUGGUAUGGAACUGGGGGAGUUCAUGAUGGAUGAUGAUUUCGUUGCGAUGAUUGAUCGUCAGGGAUUGUCGGGCUCGGGUUAUGAUUGA